AUGGUUACUCAUGCUCAAACCGAUAUCCAUAAACCCAAUCCUAAAUAUGAUAAUCAUGCGUUGGUUUUAUCUUCUACUAAUUGUACUUUUGAGCUUACCUCUUUUUCACAAGCUAAUAAGCAUGAAGAAUGGCGUCUUGCUAUGACAGAUGAGUUUAAUGCCUUUCUUCAUGUCGGGACUUGGAAUUUGGUCCCUCAUACUCCCACUAUGAAUGUGCUGCCGAACAAGUGGGUUUUUUGUGUCAAGAGGAUCUUUGAUGGCUUUAUUCAACGUUACAAGGCUCGCUUAGUGGCUAAUGGUUUUCAUCAACAGCCGGGCUUGGACUAUUGCUUCUCGCGAUUGGUUUCAGUAUUUCUCUUCUCAUCUUCUUCAGUUGGGAUUCACUCUGAUUCUUCCCUCUUCAUCUACAUUCAUGGUUCUGUUUGCAUCUAUUUGUUGAUUUAUGUUGAUGAUAUUCUUGUCACUGGCUCCGAUCCCACUCGCAUCACCACACUUAUUUCUGAUUUGGGUCAUCAAUUUUCUAUGAAGGAUCUUGGGCCCGCUCAUUAUUUUUUGGGCAUGGAACUUGCUCAUACUUCGUCUAGUCUAUCUCUUACUCAGACCAAAUAUGUUGUGGAUCUCCUCAAGUGUGCUAACAUGCGCGAAGCCAAAACCGUGCCUACCUCGGCUGUCAGUAGACUUCGUCUUAGCCUCUCUGAUGGAGAUCCUCUCUCUAAUCCUACUGAGUACUUUAGUAUUGUUGGUGCUCUUCAGUACUUAACCCUUACUCGCCCAAAUAUUGCCUUUGUUGUUAAUCACAUUUGUCAGUUUAUACACCAAUCCACUACUAUUUAUUGGCUCGAUGUUAAACGCAUUCUUCGUUAUCUCAAUGACACAUUUACUCUUGGGUUACUCUAUUCGCCCAGCACCCUUCAACUCAGCGCCUAUGCUGAUGUCGAUUAUGCAGAGGAUCCCAACGAUAGUCUCUCCACUGGUGGUUAUUGCGUUUAUUUGGGUACUAACUUAAUCUAUUGGAGUUCCAAAAUGCAACAUGGUGUCUCCCGCUCAGCUUGCCUACACUGCCAUCACUCUGUCUUGAUUACGGGCUUUAUUUCUUAA